CGGUGCGUUCGACCACACCCCAAAUUCAACUGUGACUUGACAGACGAAGCUGAGCUCUGCCACGAGGGAGUUUGCGAAUCUUACCGACGAACCAAGUAACGUUACAAGUUCAGUAAGGUGAAUAAACAUGGAUGAGUGGGAAGAAGAGGGAACUACUAUUACUAGCACUACCACACUAACCACCACUAGUGAAGGCAGACAAGAAGGGUCUUGGAAUACUGCCAAUGGUGAAUCUGGAAGGGGUCGUGGUGGAAGGGGCAGAGGAGGAGGAUUUAAAAGCUCAUUCUCCUCAGAUGGCGACAACUGGAACAGUACAGCUGGAGAAGGAGGUUUUAGAGGUAGAGGAGGCAGAGGGCGUGGCAGAGGAUUCAGCCGAACGGAUCGCAGUGAAUUCAAUGAGGAUGACAAUCAAGUGUGUGAAAAUGGGGGAGGCAGCCGAGGCGGCAGAGGAGGCAGAGGAGGUUUCAGAUCAGGUGGUGACCAAGGUUGCAGAGGAGGAUUUGGAGGAGGCUACCGUGGAAAAGAUGAGGAGGUCUUUUCUCAACGGGAAGAUAAAGAAAAUAAGGAUGCAACCGAUGGUGAAAGACCAAGGGUCACAUAUAUUCCCCCAACCCUCCCUGAAGAUGAAGACUCCAUUUUUGCCCACUAUGAGACGGGCAUCAACUUUGACAAGUAUGAUGACAUCCUGGUGGAUGUCAGUGGAGCCAAUCCACCACAGGCUAUAAUGACUUUUGAUGAGGCAGGAUUGUGUGAGUCGCUGAGAAAAACAGUCAGCAAGUCUGGUUAUGUGAAGCCGACCCCUGUGCAGAAGCAUGGCAUUCCAAUCAUCUCUGCUGGUAGAGAUCUUAUGGCCUGUGCCCAGACUGGAUCUGGUAAAACGGCUGCUUUCCUGCUCCCUAUUCUGCAGCAGCUGAUGGCAGACGGUGUGGCAGCCAGUUCCUUCAGUGAGCUGCAGGAGCCUGAAGCCGUCAUCGUGGCUCCAACUAGGGAGCUCAUCAACCAGAUUUACCUAGAGGCCAGGAAGUUCGCCUUUGGGACAUGUGUGCGUCCAGUAGUAGUCUAUGGUGGAGUCAGCACUGGACAUCAAAUAAGAGAAAUCUCAAGGGGAUGCAAUGUGCUGUGUGGAACACCAGGGAGACUGUUGGAUGUGAUUGGAAGAGGAAAGGUUGGGUUGAGUAAGGUGCGGUACUUUGUGCUGGAUGAGGCUGACCGGAUGUUGGAUAUGGGUUUUGAGCCUGACAUGCGUCGCUUGGUGGGCUCCCCCGGAAUGCCAUCAAAAGAGAACCGGCAGACGCUGAUGUUCAGUGCCACCUACCCUGAGGACAUUCAGAGGAUGGCAGCAGACUUUCUCAAGACCGACUAUUUGUUCUUGGCUGUGGGUGUGGUUGGCGGAGCCUGCAGUGAUGUGGAGCAGACAUUUGUCCAGGUCACCAAGUUCUCCAAAAGGGAGCAACUCCUUGACCUCCUCAAGACAACUGGAAUGGAGCGCACUAUGGUGUUUGUGGAGACCAAGAGACAAGCUGAUUUCAUUGCCACUUACUUGUGCCAGGAAAAGGUUCCUACCACCAGCAUUCAUGGUGACCGAGAGCAGCGGGAGCGAGAGCAGGCUCUGGCAGACUUCCGCUCUGGCAAAUGUCCAGUCCUAGUGGCAACCUCUGUGGCUGCCCGUGGUCUGGACAUUCCAGAUGUACAGCAUGUGGUGAACUUUGACCUCCCCAACAACAUUGACGAAUAUGUCCACCGUAUUGGGAGAACUGGCCGCUGUGGUAACACUGGAAGGGCGGUGUCUUUCUUUGACCCAGAUUCUGAUGACCAAUUGGCUCGCUCCCUAGUCACAAUCCUGUCCAAGGCUCAGCAGGAAGUGCCUUCAUGGUUGGAGGAUUCUGCAUUCAGUGGCCCUGGUAGCAUGGGCGUCGCCCCCAGAAAGACAUUUGCCUCCUCAGACUCCAGAAAGGGCCCACAGGGAGGAUCUGUCCAAGACGACAGCGUGCAGAGCCAGUCGGCUGCUCAGACUGCACAUGAUGAAGAAGAAUGGGAUUAGAUGGAAUAUUAGAGCAGCACACCCACACAGCACUGACCUGAGUUGUUUUUCUUUUCAGAUGUUCAGCUUGUAGUUUUAUCUGCGUUUUGUUCGAAGAAAAAAAAAUGGUUUCUCUCAAGCCAGACAAAGUUGAAAUGUCAAGUGAGAUGUUAAAAACGUGAUCUGUUUGUUUUAUUGUUUUUAUUUUUUGAUCAUCAGUACAACAUAAGGAAAAUCUCACCAAAAGUCAAAACUUAAGACUGUCAAAUCCCUGUUAUUUCUUUUCUACUAGGAUAAAGAUCACCAAUAAAUAAUUAUUUGUUCAAAGCAGU